AGCGUCACAAACUAGUGACGUUAUAACAUGAUGUAUUCCCUGGGUGUCCUGUUGGUUUUUAUCAGCGCUAUUGUACCUAGAUCCUUGGCUGAUGAUGCAACCGUUUCGUCGGAAGAGGACUCCACACUACCCUUGGCAGCUGUAGGAAGUGAAAAUGAUGCAUACAAGGGAUCGCCUGCAAUCAAUGCUUUGGUAGCUUUCAGUAAACCUCCCUACGGUCUCUACUCUGGACGGCGCGAAAUAAACUUACCUGUUGGGAAAGUUGCAUCUAUCGUAGCGUCUCUAGCCUAUACUAAUCCUGCUAACAGCCAACAACAUUUCACACUGGAUUUCAUCGAAGGUGCUCUUCACUAUCCCAUGUACUAUGACUACCACAUACAAAACUUUACGAAGCAGCGUCUCCAUAAAACUUUGGAACCCGGUCAGGAGGCUUCUCUUUAUUACAGGUUCAGGCCAGCAGUUGAGUUAGCUGGUCGAUCAUUCGAUCUUUCUGUGGUUGUUUACUAUCACGAUAACAAUAACAUUUAUUAUGCCCAUAAGUUAUUUAAUCAGACUAUUAAUCUUUAUGAGAUUGAAGAGGGCGUAGACACACAGUUAAUAUUCCUCGUUGUUCUGGUGAUUGCUCUCAGUAUUGCAGUACUCAUUGGCGCGUGGCACUGGUUCACUUCAAAGGCUCAUCGUCGUCAGCCUACCAAACAGUCUUCGAAGUUGGUCGAAAAUAAUGCUGACAGCAGUGUAGUGGAGAAUGAAUAUUUAGCACUGAUCAAUGAUAAGUCUCAAGCGAAGAAAGGUCGAUCUGACCAGACGGUACGUCGCCGACAAGGAAGGCGUUGAAUCAUCCGAGGUCUUGCAGACUAGUCCGGAGACCAACAGUCAUCUCGUGUAUACAUUUGUAGAAAUGUUUAUACGUAUAAUAUCGUCUUGUAUUUUUAUUCUUCUUGCUUUAUUUUAUUUUCCUUGUACACCUUUCUUUGUUUACUUAUACGACUGACUAGUUAGCGAUGUCAAUAAAGUUUAUUUCUUUGGUUUA